AUGUCCCAGUCAACGGCACCACCCCGCCGCCUCGACAUGUUGUCAAGAGAUCAUUCUUGGCUUUCAGGGUUGUCUUUAUCAGAUGUGCACCUCUUGACGAAGUCGUACUUUGAGCACUUCCAUCCGUCUUGCCUCAUCUUAGACGAGAACGUAUUCUACUCCGACAUCCUCAGCAAGGCUUUGCAGAUAAACUUCGCAAAGGACCAUAGCACAUGCACUGUGCUGCUUGUCUGUGCCAUAGGUUCUAUUGCCGCCUACUACUCUGGGCACGAAGACUGGUGCUCAAGCUUUGAACAUGACGUCGGUAUCGGUUUCUUCAAUCUGGCAAACGGGAUGUUUCGCGAUCUGGAAGGCGCAAACUGGAGCAGCGUGGAGUGUCUACUUCUGAUGGGAGUGUUCUAUUCUGCUAAAAUUAGGGGAACCUUGGGGGCACGGGAAUGCCAACUAUUCUGGAUUGCAUAUCUGCACGAGAGUCAAAUCCUCGCCGAGUUCGACUUCCCAGCGAGUGGUUUGGGAAAGCUGGCCAGCAGCAUACCGUUGCCGCUCAUGCCUGGCGCGGGAACAGACCCCCAUUACGCUAAAUACCAGUUCUUCUUUCUAGCUCUUAUCUCCAUGAGAAAGCUUCUAAAUCGGAUCCUCUUCCACUUGUAUAGCAGAGAGCAGAAUAGCGAAAACCCGAGCCACGAUUCGCCAUCAGCUGAGAAGCCCACGGCGUUCUUAUCAGCAACUCCCUCUAUCAUUCAGGAGCUAGACCGUCAGCUCGAAGAAUGGCGAAUGUGCUUGCCAUCUGGGCUCGAAUUCUCUGCGUACUCAGAGGCCCAGCAAGCCGACGACCAAGAUAUGACUCAGAUACGGCCGAUCCACGAACGUUUGCGUGGAAACCUCAUGGCGCGAUAUUUCGCCGCCAAGUCUAUUAUCCACCGCCCAUUCAUCUACAGGGCUCUACACUGUGAACAUGGUAGCAUGCUGUCCGAGGAGGAUCAGAUCGGUGCCCAGACCGCUAUCGGAAGCGCGUUUAGGUGCACUCUCUACAGUGGAAUCUUCCAUGAACCUCUGCCGUUGCUAUUGCAUCCUAUCAACACUUGCCGAAGUCUUUUUGCCCUCGAAGUGCAAAUUUCGCUUUUGCUUCGCAGGGAAACGCUCCAUUUCGUGCUACCUAAGGACUGGAAGAUGGCAGGGAAGGCAAGAGAAAUUAUCACGGGGCUCACAACGGAAAUGUCCCCUACAGUUGCGCGAGACUGGGAAAUAUUGCAAUUACUAUCCUAA